UCUGCUCAGUCUCACUGGACAGUAAAAGAAAUAUACUGAUCGAUGACAAUGAAAUGGCUACCUUGGCAACAGGAUUGAGUGACUUUUUAAUGCACAGCAUGUCUUCUGAUUCUGGUUCUGAUUUUGAAACAAACCUCAGUGUCAAAGUCAAUGCUCUCCUGCGAAUCAAAGAAUAUAGCUCCAUGCCCUUUUGCCAAUUCUUUGUCCAGAACGAAAACGUAAAUAGCAAAUUACAAGCAUCACAAUUAAGGUACGUUUCUCAGGUGCUUUUGCAAACUAGCAAAAUUGAAAAAGAUGGAAAGACCACAAACUGCACAGUCUCUGUCAAAGGACCAUGGAACAAAAUGUCCCUCUCUGAACCAGUUGAUACAGAUUAUAGUGGGGAUGUUUUAAAGUUUAAAGAAAUCCUUUUUGAAGCAUUGAAGAGGAGUGCUGCUAAGGCAGAAGCCCCAGUUUUGCCUGAAUUUAUGAGGCGUUUGUGUUCUGUUUGGGAUGCGAUCAAAGAGGAAUCAUUCUCCAUUGGUCUCCAAAACACUGACAUAGCUUUGGCAUUUUCUUUGUUGUGCACAGAAUUUUCCUACUGGGAAAACAAUUUACUGGAUAACAUGCAAAGUUGGCUAAUGGGUGCAACAAAAAAAAUCUUUACCACAAAGGGAGAAGCUUUGGAUGCAUCUAUUCAAAAUGACCUUCUCAGUGAAUUACAGAAGGAAGCCAGUGAGGAAGUCAAAGCAGAGGUGAACAAACUCACGUCAAUAGCAGAGAUAUAUGUGAUGAAAGAGGAAACUCUGAAAAUGAGAUCUGACAAAUUCAUGCCAAUCCUAAAGAGCAAUAUUGACAACCUACAGGACAGAGUAACUGAAGAGAUAACGGAAAGGUUGGAGGCAGUCUAUGAGAGCCAUUACUCUUCAACACAGCUUAAAAAGUUUGAAGCAUUACUAGAAACAGAGCAAGAAUCCAAGGUAGAUGCACUAGUAGAAAAAAGCAAGACAACAAAAAUUCUUCUGCAAGAUGCAGAGAUAGAGGACGAAUUUGAGGCUCUCUGGAGUAAGAUAUUGUCCAACUUUGAAUUCAGGCCUUCAGAAACAGAAGAUAUUACUCCAAGAGUAGAAGAUAUUCUGAGACAGAAUCUAAUCAGCCGUGGCCUCCAGAAACACAUGAAAAAGCUUGAAAUGAUUGGCCAGAACCAGAACUCCGACUUCCAAGUUUGUGAUGAGCAUUUUGGAUACCGCAGCAGAUUAAAGCAAAUGUUUGAAGACAACAACAAACAACACAAGGUAGAAGCUCAGCAGGUAGCAAACAAUAUCGUUGAGGAAUGCAAACAGUAUAUAGCAGAUAAGUGUAACAAACCAGCAGGUUUCUCUGACAGUUACAUUACAGAGCUGUUACGAAAUAUUGAAAAAUCUUUAAAUGAAAAAUCAGUGGCAACUAGAUCAGCUUUUGAAGUGGAUCUGAAAGUGUAUCUCUGUAAUGCUUCUCGCCAAGACUUUCAAAACCUGCAUAAUCGCUAUGCCAAAGACGCACAACUCUUGACAUGUAUCACUGAAAGAAAAAGUAUGUACUCGGCAAAGUUUAUCUACAACUUCAGGAAAAGAGACCAGUGUCAAAGGGUGGCCCAAGCAUUCAUCUCCAUGGUCAUCAAACCCACAGUCUUGGAUUACAUCAACAGACCCCUGGGGAUAUCUAUUGUAGAGGAGAUCCAAGGGAAAGCUCAGCAGUAUCACUCCUCACAGGCUUUCCACCAAAGCUUGCUGGAAGAGAUGAUUAAAGAAGAUCGGUUCGAAGUCUUUCUGGAAUAUCUGCUCUUCUAUGACAACUUCAGACUGAGGAAGAUCCAGGAAACAGUGACAGCUCACCUCACUGAAUCAACCAACCUGGGACAAUGGAGGCAUCAGAGACUCUGCGAAGUUGUAGGAAAAAUUGAAGAAGCAGUGAACGAAUCCACAGAAGGUAUCAGUGGAGUCCUGAAUGAUACAAAGCCACUGCUGGAGAGAGUGUGUCUCACUUUAGAGAAAGGUGAUGUUAAUGUGAUCAGGACCUGUCUGACUGGACCCCUGUUUAGCAUCACUGUAGAAUGGAACCGUUUUGCUAAAUGUUUACUGGAGUCAGUGGCUGCAAUGCAGAUGGACCUGGAUCAAGAGUUCUCCAAAAAUGUGGAUGUCACCCAACUUCUUAACUGCCUUACAGUUAAGCCCCAAGACUACCUCUUCAAAAAGGUGAAAGGCUGUGACAAGCAAUGUCCUCUCUGCAGAGCCCCGUGUGAGGAGGAGGAUAUGGGGCAUGAGGUUCACAAGGCCUUGCUCCAUCGACCUAAAGGCAUGCUGCCUUAUGCCUCUAGUUCUGUAUCCUGCAUCAGUUGCCCUGAAAGCAUGAGCGAGGACACACAUGAUACAUCCACAACAAGCAAUGUUCUCCAUUCACUCUACCCAGACUGGAGCUUCUCUCCUGACAACACAAACAGCACAAAGGCCAGUGAUUACUGGAGGUAUGUGCUGGUGAAGUUCAAUGAGAGGUUUGCACAGGAGUUUAAGCGGGAGCCGACAAAGAUUCCUGAGGAAUGGAGGAGAAUCACUCAGGAGCAGGCUUUAAACAGUCUGAAGGAGGUGUUCCUCACCAGAACAAGUGUUUAAAAUACUGCAUUUAAUUCAGCAAAGAAAGAGCAUUUGUUCAUAUGUGAAAAAGCAUAAUUCAACCAUGGAAUUUAGAUGUUGGGUUUUAAGGUUUCCAACCUGAUUUGAAAUAGAUGCAGAAGAAGGACUGCUCUGUGCUGAAUGUUAUUUAUUGUUUGUAACAGGUUCAACUCAUUAUUACUUUAAAAAGAAAAUACACUUUGAAAUAUACAUAUAAUAUUGUAACAACAUUUCUGUACAAACAUUAUAACAACAGGAAAACUUUUAAUUUUUUCAUUAUGUUGAAAAGGAAGCACAUUAUGAAUGUACUUUUAUAACAUAUAAAAUUAUCAACAUAAAUCAAAUAUAUUUUCCCUUAUUACUUUUUCUUAUCCUACGUUUUACAGUUUACAAAUAACAUGCAGAUAUGUCAAUUAUGAUGUCACUCCACAGUGAAGCAUAACUGACAAGAGUCUAAGAGAAUUUGUGAAAUGUCAUGUAAAAAUAAACCAAAAAUAAAAAAAGA